UGGGACUGGAACUAGUCGCUGGGGCUGACGGCGCCGAGCCGGGGGGAGAGUGUGGGGCCGCCGCCGCCCAGCACAAAGCCGGUGCAUGAAAAAGCAGCUUCCCUGAAGAGCUCUGAGCUCAUGCACAGCCAGGAGAAACUGGAGGCGUCUCAUAAGGAGAAGAGCUUGGAUGCCGUAGAUGGCAGUUUGCAUCUGAAUGAAGCUCUGAAGGAUGAAGAAGUAAAAAAAUGUCUCAGAGAGACGGUGAGUCGGGGAGAAACGCUGCCCAUGACACCAAAUAAAUACAACUCGCAGUACCACAAGCUGUUCAAGGACAUCCCCACAGAGGAGAGUGUCUUGAAAGUCUGCUCCUGUGCGCUCCAGAGAGACAUCCUCAUCCAGGGGCGGCUCUACAUCUCCCCCAACUGGCUCUGCUUCUAUGCAAACCUCUUCGGGAAGGACAUCAAGGUGGUUAUCCCGGUGGUCUCGGUUCAAUUGAUAAAAAAGCACAAAACGGCCCGGCUGCUGCCCAAUGGGCUGGCUAUCACCACCAGUGCCAGCAGAAAGUACAUCUUUGUGUCCUUGAUCUCUCGAGACAGCGUGUACGAUGUGCUGAGGAGAGUCUGCACGCACCUACAGGUUUCGAGUAAGAAGAGUUUGAGUUUGAAAGAAUUCACAGAGGAACCUGAUUCCGUAUCGCUGGAGGUGAUUGUCCCAGAAGUGAAGUGGAGGAAGGUUUCCCCAGCUUCUCUCUCCCUAUCUCUCCCGGAUGCAGACUACCAGUGCAUCCACCGAGCGUCCAUCAGCAGCCUCAGCACCAAGGAGAGCUCUUUUAAUUCUGAGGAGCCCCUGGUAUCAGAAAGUGCAAUAAACACCGAAGAGGAGGAAUUGGAGGAGGAACCAAACUAUGUAGCAGAGCUGAGACCGUCUGAUUAUCAGCUCUUGAAAAUCUUCAUUGUACUGAUCUGCCUCCUGGUUGUGUCCUCGUCAUAUCUGGCAUUCCGGAUCUUCCGUCUGGAGCAGCAGCUCUGCUCUCUGAAUCGGGACUACCUCUCACGCGGGCACCGGAGGUGACCGUCGCCCCAGAGCUGUGGCUCACAAUGGACCUUGACAGGAAAAUAGCACUUUGUGUACAGAUCUCCAGGGUGAGCGUGUCUGCAAUAUUGAGAGAGUCUGAAUCCAGGAUUGCACACUCUUUUAUUCCGUGUUACUUCUGGCUCAUGACACCUCCCUUUGCAAUGGCAAAGCCCUCCCUUGGCCUGUCGCGCUGUGGGAUCAGACUGGAGCCCAGCAGGCUAUCCAUGCAGUCACCUCUUCCAAAUGAUAGCCACCUGUUUGUACAAAACCCCUUCCCAAGCAUCGACUGUUUAUCAAAAUCUUGGGUGCAGCUUCGUUGGAUGGCGGCUUGAGCUGCAUCUCCAGCCGGAUUCUCCGAGCAAGUAAGAACAGUUAGUAGCUCGAUGGCCCAGGAAUCGCCUCUGUUGAGCACAGAAGGUGCCACAACAGCAUGCAAUCUUCUGUGCCCUUGAUCAGCACAAUUAGGACCAAAUACUGUUGUUGUUCUACUAGCAGAGACUCCUGCUCAAGCAGGACCAUACUGUCAGUAUAACCUGAGCUGCUGCCAGCAGGACUCCCCUUCUUUUCAGUUGACGAGGGCCUGGUGCUAGUGAAACCACAUGUUCUUCCAGGGGCCUUGGCUUUGGCCCAGACACACAGUGCCCAGAGCCGAAUCACCAUGGUAGUGGGAGACUCUAGCACUGUGACACCAACAUUGGGCCAUCGUCGCAUCCAUCGGACGGUGGCAUAGCAGACUACAGGUGGCCGGGCCUUUCUGGUGUGACACUGCUGGGCCCACUCCUAGAAGGACUCAGUGUUCAAGUUACCACCGUUUUUAUUCCUAAUUCUGCUUUUUUUCUUUUUCAAGAACAACCGUGGACCUCAGUUAAGUGAGAGGCCCCGGUAGCAGAGACUGACCCUGCCUACAGAGCUCAGGAUGGGGGACACAGCUGGGGCAUGUUCAGUUCUCCCAGAAUACACAACCCAUACUCAGCUAGUUCUCCUCAGGAUAGAUUUCCUCUUGCCCUUUGGGGUUUCCACGUUACCCUUCCACACUGGGCCUUGGCCUAGCUGGGUCCCGAAAUGCAUCUCUGCUUAGGUGCCAGUGUUCAUACUCAGGCAAUAGCUCAGUUACAGUAGUUGUCAUAACAACUUUCAGUGUAAAAAUUACAGCUCCAGUGAGAUGCCAGACAGGAGUUAGAGGGCUCCUGGCACGAUACCUGCUGAAGUCCGGUUCUGCAGGUGGCAAUAGCAGACUGUUAGUCGUGGGGAUUCUUGUGCAACUCGCAUCCCUUGUGAGGCUAGUGUGCGCAGCAUAGAUCAUGCUUAAUCACCCCACAUCCCUUCCAAAACGUACCACGCUCCCUGUGCCAACAUUCCUUCAGGGCAGGAGAGAGGUGAAAAUAAAGGGAUGAGGUGGCUUGCUAACCCCAAAGCCCAGCCCCACCCAGAGUUGUGCAGAGUCCAUGCCAUACUAUAAUAAUGCACUCUGCCACGCUGGGCAAUCCAGGGAAAGGGCAGCGCGCCCAUCCGCAAGCAGAUGCUGCAAAGCAAGGCCGACCUGCACUGGGUAGAGUUCGGCAGUGGGGAGAUGAGCAGGCUAGAAUUAGACCCCUCAUUCAGCUCCUUGAGGAGGCCAGAGGGACAGUUUUUUUAGAGCAAGAUUCAGGAGAGCUCUGUUUGAAAGAUGUCUGCACUUUAAGGGCAAUAUGGAGUCUGGCCAGGAACCAGCGGUGCGGAGUCCAAACUUGGAGUGACGGUUGUCUGAUGGCGGUGUCAGGCACUCUGUGCUCUCCACAGAGGGCUCCUCAGCACCCCAAGCUUCUAACCACAGGAGAGGGCUGUCUUAAAGCACCCUCAAAGGAGAGUCGAGAGGUGGGUCUGGAGCUGGCCCCUGGGUGGUAGGGUUGUAGUAGGAUGUAGCCCUGCUGCGAUCAGGAGCCAGCGAACACCUUAGAGAGGGCAGGAGGAAUAGCUCUGUCUGUGUUUUCCCCCAAAGCUGUGUGUCAUCAAUAUCUAAAUGAAACGUCCAGUGCUCUGUGGCUUGACACUGCACUGUCCCUGGGGAGUGCAAGGACUGAGCAGAAACCCCAUUGUACAUGGGGGACAAUGGAGCUGUGGGGGAUGGGAUGGGAGGCAUGAGUGCAAUGCUGGAAGAGGCUGAGCUCAUAAAAGCCUGGCUGGGCUGAUGCAUAUUAGGAGUCCAGCCUGCUUAGCGUUCUAGAAGCACCUCUCAUACAGCCACUGUAACCAUGCACUUUAGGAGCCUGAGCCAAAGUCAAUGGAAGGACUUGCAUUGACUCCAGUGGGCUUUGGAUCAGCCCCUCAUUUCCCUCACGCUGAAUAAAACUGUCUCUGCAUCGCUCGCGUGUGUGAAGCGCUUUGGGAUCACAUGGAGCGAAAGGUGGGAGACAGACGCAAUAUGGUGCAAGCGGCACCAGGACGCAGCACUCCCCUCACACCAGCAAGCAGCUUGUGUAACUCUGGCAUCAGGGUGCCCGUGACCCCCUCAGUGAGUCAUUCUAGAAAGGGUGUGUCCAGCAGUUGUGAGUAGGCUGCUGGAGAGUGGCCCUGCGACCAGCAAGAUGGCUGCCUGUUACUCACCAAUCCCCUCCUCUCUGGUGUGUGUGCGCGUAUCAGGCAUCCGCUGUUUGGGUUGAUUGUGUUUGAAAGCACUGCUAAAACAAAGUGCCAUGUCGCCUGUGAGCUCUGCAGGGAGCAACCUCCUGCCUUCGCUGUCCCCCCAUCCCCUCCUCCCCCAGCAGCCGAUCUCACAGGGGAGAGGAGCACAGCUAGCAAGGAAGACGAGUGGAUUGACUGCAGUGUAACAAAGUGCCAGGAAAUGCUGCUUUAUGCCAGGGAUCGUUUUGGGGGUGGGGGUGGGGCUGGGAGGGCUGACUCACUGUCUUGCACAAAUGACAGCCCAGCUUUUUGGAGUAUGAAUCUUUCAGUGUUUAACAAAAAAAACCCUCCAGUGACAUUAACCCAUGCUCCUGGGGAUGAGGUCCCAGCGAGCAGUGGGGUGUGGGCUCGCUUUGCAGGUAGCGCUACGCUCCUCCAUCGCUGGAACUGUUUGCCUGCGGAUUGGCCAUCAGUGCUGCUCUUGCGCAUUUGCUUGGGUCAGGACUGCUCCCAGCUUUCACCUUGUCCCCUAUAAACACCGACAACAGGACCCCUGCAGUCGGCAGAGGUGCACGUUGACCGUGUCAGCCACAGCUCUUGAACUGCCAUGGUAGUGCUGGCAGCUUCCUGACAGCAGCAGGAUGCCUGGGAGAGAGAGAGAGCUGCAGUGGGUGUAGCCAUGUCUGCUGUAUUGCAUGGUGCCAUCCAGGGAGGAGCACUGUGAUGCUGACUCCUGCUUCAAAGCACAGCGCUUGCAGAGCUGCGGAGAGGAUUCUGCAGACGGUGGCAGGACUUGCAGAAAAAGAAUAACACACUCCGUGGCCUAACCUCUGUGUGUCUGGGCUGAGCUCAUUCAACUCCCGUUAACCUCACCACUGCUGCAAGGUCAGCAGCUACUUCUGCUCCAUUGCCAUCAGCUCCAGGGCUAAGCAGAGCUCCCACAGCGGGAUUCAAACACUCCCCUCUGGAGGAAUAGGACCAUAUGACGAGCUUAUUGAAGACUUGGGAUCUGUUUGAGUAGCACACUCCUCCCAGGGCCUUUGUUAGAGGAGGGCAGCGCAGCGCAGAACGAGGGGUGCAUCGUGUGUUCCUAUCACAGCUAGCUGGGGCUGGGAAUCCACUCGUCGCUCCACAGAGAGGGUUUCUAAGCAGUAGCAUUUGGGGGUAACUGAAGAUUUGGGAACUCUCCUGAUCCCCCUCCCAUUUUAGCUGUUUUCCACUGAAAGCACUGAUAAUGUAGUAUCCUACAUAGGUUUUUAUACCACACUCCUCACCACAGUCUGUGGGCACCUUCCAGUUGGGCAUUAAGCAAUGUGACUACGCAUCUGUCCUGUGUUUGUUCUCUUAUCCUCGCCCCAGAGGGAGCAGCUAGUGCAGGGGAGUGUCUUGUUUUGGUAAGGGUGAUUUUAAUCUGAUUUUUAUUAAAUAAAUACACUAGUUGCAGAAUGGAGAUCAAAGAAACGCACCUUGCACUUCGAGCAGAAGGUGGUGAGGUUUGUGGUAGCCCUUAGUUCCUGGCCGGGGGAGUUCAUUGCACAGGCUCAGAUUGCCCCUGGAGAAAGAUCUGUCUCGUGCUUUACUCUUUUUUAUUGUUCCAUUGUGACAGAGGAGCAAAGUUGUCGACAAGGUCUUCAUCCCAGAGCUUAAAUGGUCUUUUAGAUAUCCUGGCACAGGCCGUCGAAUGCUUUGAGGAUAAGGACUGAGCCUUGAACUUGAGUGGAAAUGCUAGGGGAAGCCAGCAUAGAGAGUAGCGGACUGGUGCUCAUGGCAGGCUGUGGUGUUGAGAUGUGCUGCAGUGUUCUGUACUCAGAGUUUCAUGUACUGCAGGUUUCAUGCCCAGGUGUAUCUCAUUGCUGCAGGCCAGCUGAGCAGUGAUGAAGGUGUGAAUAACUGAGGCCAGGCCUGAUGGGAUGGUGUGUCCUAGCCAGCCAGAAAUGGUGGAAAGCAUUACAAUCAUUGUGACAUGCGAGCUUGUUGUCAGUGAGGAAUCCAGGAGUACUCAUAAGUCAAUGGACUGAAUUGAUCAAUUGUGGAUGUGAACUUCAGCCAAAGGAGACUCCACCACGGCUGCAAACUCUUCAAAAUACUUUCCCCCACCCUCCAGCAUCAUCUCUGUUUUGCUAGGGUUUAGCAUCAACCAGCUGUUCUUCAUCCACGAGGUGAUCUCAUCCAAGCAUUGAGUUGUCUUGGUGGUAGGCAUGUGGUCAUAUGUGGUGAAGGAUGGGUAGAGCUGUGUGUCAUCGGCAUAUUGCUGGCACUUGAGUCCAUGUCAUCUGACCUGUUCACCGAGCAGUUGGAUGUAGAUUUCAAAAGGGACCAGGGAGGGAAUUGAUCCUUGUGGAAACCCAAAGUGAGGAGUCUAGUGGUAGAGGUGCAGUUGCCUAUCACUGCUUUUUGGGUGUAUUUGUACAGGAAGGACUCAAACCAUUUUACCUCAUUAUCCUGGACUACUGUCCUCUCAGGCCGGACAGCAUAUUUCACAGUUAUCCAUGUCAAACACUGUAGAGAGGCCAAGGAGGAGGAGAAUGGCUGUCUGCCCUCUGCACACUGACAGCAGGAGAUCACCCAUCAGUGCCAUUAGGCCAGUUUCAUUUCUGUGUCCUAGCCUGAAUCCAUGUUAUACAAGGUUUAGAAUGUUAACUUCAGUUAGAUGAGCUUGUAGUUGGCUUUUUGCUAGCUUCUCUGUGAGCUCAGGAAUGGGAGGUUUGACAUUGGGCUAGGACUGAAUUAUCCAGGCUGGCGGCUUUUCUAGCUGCAAUUUAGCUUUCAGUGUCAUCCAGUCUUUUACUUUUAGCAUUCAUUUAUUUUACUUGUCUAGCUGCAAUUUUUUGUCCUUCUCCCCUCCAGUGGUGUUGUCACUAAGAUGGAGAGCUCUAAGAUGGGAUGCCAGAGAUACUCCAGCAGGAGAACAGGACUUUAUUUCCUCUUUUUAUGUCCCUUCCUACAGCCCUCUCCACUACACCUCUGAAUGCCAAGUCCUAGCGCCAGUCACUGGUUUGCUCAGGUCCUCUGGGAGAUGGGAAGUGAACACACAAUCCUUGAAGGUUUUAUAACUGUAUUUAUUAUCUUUAAAGAGCAGGGAAAUGGAUCCCAAGGCAAUAACCCAGAGAUGAGCAACUGUUAAAGCUCUCAGUGGUGGGCAGGACCAUCCCAUGAGCUAUGUGAUUGGGAGAUGAGAGAGCUCUGCUGGGGCCUUUUGAACUGUCCUCGCAGCUGCAUGUUCACUCCCUGUCUCCUUCUGACUGGCUUGCACACUCAAGUAGCUAGUCUCUAAGGGUGUGUCUACACUGCCAUUAACCCACAGCUGCCCUGUGCCAGCUGACUCAGGCUUAGGGGCUGUUUAAUUGCGGUGUAAAUGUCUGGGCUCAUGCUGGAGUCUGAGUUCUAGGAUCCUGUGAGCUCCCAGAGCAAGGGCUGCAGCUUGAGCCCGAAGGUCUACACUGCAAUUAAACAGGCCUGCAGCUGAGCCUCAGGAGCCCAAGUCGGCUGGCGCGGGUGUUGAAUGGCAGUGGGGAGACACCCUGAAAGGCUCAGCAGGCAGAUCAACAGCUGUGUGGUGAAGCAAUAACUUUGUAGUGGAUAAAUAAAGGUGUUCACAGCAUGUGCGCUGGCUAACCAAUUCUGCCACUUGCUUUGGCGCCACACCAAGCAGCCAUUCUUCACUCCUGUUUCAGGCUGUUGCUGAACCCGAUCCUGUUUUGUCGUCUGUCUGUUGCCAGUGUUAAACAGUGUGUGUAGUUAAGGACCCCUGCAAAUUGGCCAGGCACAGUAGUAGGUGGGGUUUGCCAUCCUCUGACACAUGAGGAAUCUUAGCUGCUCAUGGAGACAGGAUACUGGACUCUGAUCUAAUCUUGUCCCCCUGAGGAAGCUCUCUGUCCCGCUGUUACAAUCUGUGUUUUGUUUUGGGGGUGGAAGGAGAAUGUUUGCAAUCCACUGGUGAAAUGAGUGUCCCUGAACUGCCAUGACCCACUUCUUACCCUGAGAUGGGUCCUCUAACCAGCAGCUGCAAGGCAUUGCAGACAGAAGAGCAGCCUGGUUUCUGUCUAUCCCCAGGUAGAUCACAGUGAAAUCACUCAAACAGCCAUUUUGCCUGCCUCCGCCACCUGAGACUGGCCCUCUCCCACUGAAGUAUUAAUGUCAAUGAGUGCAGCAGCGGGCAGGCAGAGGGGCUGUAACCUCAGCCAAGGAGGAAAUGCCCUUUAGCAUGGACAGCAUGGUCAGGCUGAAGUGAAAGUGACAAGACUCGGGGUAGGAAUGGCCCAGUAGACAUCACAAUCCUGUAGCAUGGGAGAGGAUUCCAUUCACACACACCACACUCCCCCCUGGGAGGCUGGGGACAAAGGUUAGAGCCAUUCAUGGUCCUUGUGGACAAAGGAAGAGGAGUAGCCAGUGCAGAGCUAAUGAUGAUGUCAUGAAGCUUGUUUUGAGGAGCUGGGAUCUGUCCCUGGUCCGGUCACUUGUACAGUAUUUUUCUGAGUCAAACACCAUCUCAGUGUGAUUUUUACCCUUAGUCUUCACUCCAGCCUGCCCUAGGAGUGCGUGCUGAUGCAACACCACACCUGGGAACUCGAAGUAGUGAUGCAUCAAUGACUGGGGAAGGCAGCUGAAGUCAGUGCAGGCACAGCCCAGCCUUGUUGCUUCUAUUUUUGUAUUUGUUGUAAACCAGAAGUAUUUAUAUAGAUCCAGUGAAUGGUUCAAGUCCUUUUUUCUCCUCCUCAGUUGUAUAACUACAUCUGUUGGCCAGCGGGUGACAUCUGGGGAAUAGAAUGCUGUCUUGCUGUAGCCUAUGAACAUAUUUUAAAUAAAA